UUGGCUGUGACUGUUGGCAACCAGCCAACUGUAACAAAUCCUUUCCCUGCUAUGGAACCAGCCGUGGUGAAGUUUGUGUGCGCACCUCCGUCACGCCUCACGCUGAGCCCCGUCUACACGACCCCUCGACUGGAUGUUUCCUGCCCACUUCUGCAGCAGAACAAACAAGUGGUGCCAGUUUCCAAUUAUCACAAUCCAGAGCUGGACUUGGCAGCUUUUGACCACCAGGGCAGAAAGUUUGAUAACUUCAGCUCUCUGAGCAUCACCUGGGAAUCAUCUAAAGUGUCCCUGGCGAGCAUUGAGCCCACUAUGCCCAUGCAGUUUCACUUACAGGAGGAUAAUAGCAAGCAGAAAAAACUUCACGGUUCCCAGACUGUCGUUGUGCAUCGUGAAUCGGGCAUUGCAGCCAUCACGGUAACAGCUGUGGACUAUCAAAGAUCUCAUCUGGAGGCAGCAGCUGUUUUGAGAGGGUUUGAUCAUCUGAGCCCAGUCUCCUGUACACUGGACCUUCUUUUAGUGGAGGAUGUGAGAGUGACUCCUAACACCAUCACCAUAUACAACCACCCAGAUGUCAUGGUUGAUCUGACACUGAAAGAAGGUUCAGGGUAUUUCUAUGUCAAUGCAAGUGUUAAGGGAAUUGCAGAUUUGCUGUUCCAAGAGUCCCAGGGAAUUGCACAGGUGGUCCCAGUACAGGCAGGGGUCUUGCAAGUAAUGGUCCAUGAUCUCUGCUUGGCCUUUCCUUCUCCUGCCAUGGCUACAGUACACAUUGCUGAUAUUCUGGAGGUUGUUGUGCGUGUUGUCGACAAGGUGGAGAUUGGCAAGUCAGUCAAAGCAUAUGUUCGGGUUUUAGAUGGCAAUAGAAAGCCUUUCCACUCCAAAUAUUUCUCUGUCAUGAAUCUCCAACUGAAAGCAGCUUCAUCCAUUAUCUCAUUACAAGUUUUGUCAGAGUCCUCAGAAGAGGAUACAGCCACAUUUCUGGUCAAAGGUCUAGUGAUAGGACAGACCAGUGUGUCUGCUACAGUGAUGGAUAAAAAUGGCAGAAAAAUUAUUUCAGCUCUCCAGCAAAUCGAAGUCUUUCCACCUUUUAGACUGCUACCCAGGAAAGUUACUCUAAUAGUUGGAGCUAUGAUGCAGAUAACAUCAGAGGGCGGACCACAGCCCCAGUCCAACAUCAUCUUCUCUUUGUCCCACGAGUCGAUCGCCUCUGUCAACGGUCUGGGGCACGUCCAGGGCCUGUCGGUGGGCAACAUGACAGUAACUGGCAUUGUCCAAGCAGUCGACACUGAAACUGGCAAACUAGUGGUUGUGUCUCAGGAUCAAGUGGACGUCGAGGUUGUCCAGCUGAAAUCCAUUCGAAUCCGAGCUCCCAUCACCAGAAUGAAGACGGGAACGCAGAUGCCAGUGUAUGUGAUGGGCCUGACCAGCUCUCAGACGCCCUUCUCUUUUGGCAAUGCUUUACCUGGACUGACCUUCCACUGGUCUGUGACUAAGAGAGACAUCCUGGACAUCCAUACACGCCACGCAGAGGCUUCAGUCCAGCUCAGCGCAGAGCAUAACUUUGCCAUGACUGUGUCUGGCAGGAGUAAAGGUCGAACAGGUCUGAGGGUGCAGCUAAAGGCCAUUGUUCCUCUCGCUGGACACAUGCAGGAUAAUGCACUGGAGCUUCACGAUGAGAUUCAGAUUCAGGUUUAUGAUAAGCUGCAAUUGCUCAACCCAGAAGUUCAAACUGAAGAGAUACUGAUGUCACCAAACUCACUGCUGAAACUGCAGACCAACAGAGAUGGACUGGGGUCUUUGUCAUAUCGUGUGCUGGAUUGUCCAGACAGAAGUGCUGUCAUUCAGGUGGAUGAUAAAGGUCAUCUGACAUCAGGUUCUAUAACAGGAACAGCAUCGCUACAGAUCAGCUCACAGGAAACCUUUGGUGUCAAUCAAACCAUCAUCAUCGCUGUGAAGGUGGUGACUGUAUCAUAUCUGCGCGUGAGCACCAGCAGUCCAGUGUUUUACACAUCUAACAAAGAGACUUUAUCUGCUAUCCCACUGGGAGCUCUGCUGACCUUCAAUGUUCACUUUCAUGACAGCACAGGAGAGACAUUAAACAGCCAUAACUCACACCUCGUAUUCUCUACAAACAGGGAUGAUUUGGUUCAGGUUGGUAAGGGCUCGAGUAAUGACACACUAAUCGUGCGGACAGUGAAUGUGGGUUUGACUCUGUUGGGUGUCUGGGACUCCGGUCAAACUGGACUCGCCGAUUAUCUCGCUCUGCCCGUCCAACAUGCCAUACAUCCAGCUGAAGCUCAGAGGCUGGUGGUGGGAGAUGUGGUGUGUUUCUCAGCUCUGUUUGUCAAUCAGGAGGGUACGUCAGGAGUUUGGAGUUCAUCCUCCAGUGCUUUGCUGGAGAUUGAGUCCAGGUCUGGAGUCGCUGUAGCAAGAGACAGUGGAACAGUCACUGUGUAUUAUGAAAUAUCUGGUCAGCUCCACACAUACAGAGAGGUUGUUAUUGAAAGCCCAUUGCGAACAACUAUUACACUUCCAUCAUCUUCAGUGAAGAAAGAGAGAGGCAGUAGAGUCCUGAUGUCCACCAGAGACAGACAGAGUAACCUCAUUGGAAGUUGCUCCUCCUGGCAGUUAGAGAGCAUCUCACUUCUUCAUCCAGAGUCAUCCAUCAGCUGCCAUGCCCACUUCACCAGCAGUGCUGUGGAUUUCUCAGCUCAUGAUGUCUACCACUUUCACACUUCCUUUGACAGCACUACAGGUUUCUACAGCUGCGUGUUGAACUUGAAGGCCAUGAGUGAGCAGCAGGUGAAGGUGUUGAGCAUGUCUAUGACUGAUGUGGAGGUGUCUGCUGCUAUACAAGGAAAUCACUUGACUGGAGAUGAUCACAAUAGUGUUCGGCUGCCUGUCAAUCCUGGAAUAUAUGCUGAUCAGACAGAAAUCAUCCUAAGUAACCAGCACACAUCUGCUGAUCUCACAGUCUAUGGCACUGCUGGAGCUCUUCAACAACUUGAUGUGAAGAGCAGUUCUCCUGCAAUCAUCAUACAGGAGAAGGAGGUCUCUCAGAGCUUUCCCAGCUAUAUCAGGUACACUGUUUGUGUACUGAAGCCACAAGGAGCGUUGACAGCAUCGCUGUCUAUAAGCAGCUCAUCCAGUGAUCAAGCUCUGAUCAUUCCUGUAUCAGUCAUGCAUCUAGCUGUCAGCAGUACCACUAUAGAAGCUCGUAUGACAGAUGGAGAGGAUGGACCCAAUAUUUUCCAGCAGUUUCUAGACUCGUAUCAAGUGAUGUUCUUCACUUUAUUUGCUCUACUGGCUUCCACAGCUGUUGUAAUCAUUGUGUGCCAUGCACUGUUUUCUCCAAGAGAUUCAGUCAGUCAUCCUGCUUUCAUUCAGAAGACUCCACCUCAUGCAGGUGUCGCUAAACUGACUGACAGCCCCUUCAACAACAGUUUGUCUUCAGACAUGAAGGGAAACCCAAGAUUACGCUUGUAUUCACCUGACUACAACUCCAGAUGAAGAGUAAAGAAAGUGCCUUACCAGGAACUAUAGUAGUACAUGGAUGAACACCUAAAUGUUUGUUAAUGCAAUCAAAUGAGGUUUGAACUUAAUAUUAGUGUUGCAUAUUUUGUUGUGUGCUUAUGUUUGAAUUGCUUGAUGUGAUUUUUGUAGUUAUUGCUUUCAAAAGCUCUUUCAGUACGGCUUUUAUUUGAAGUCAUUAUGAUUUUUACAGUAUUGAAGAUGUUAAUGUGUAUGAUUGUUUUGAAUCUCAGGACAAGCCCUAUAUAAGUCUGCAGUAAACCGGGCAUACAGUAGCUUACUGUUAAUAGUGGGAACACUGAUAUAGUCCCAGGUGCUUUAACGAAUGUUUAUGGGUGAAGAAACCAAUGGCCAGUCAUUUAAUUACAUGAGCCACAUGUUGUAUAGAUCUGAAAAGUUUUUGAAGAACUAGUUCAGAGAAGUCUUCGUUUGAUAAGUGCAGCUUUUUUCAGUUAUUAAUGUGAAUUGAAUCCUUCAGGUUAAAUGCUUUAGACAUUGUGAAAUGUUCAUCAAACUAGACUGACUACUAAUCCAUAUUGAGUAUUAUUUUGUCAAACUAUUAACAGGUGUGGUUCUAGACCAGGAUUAUUUGUGUCAUUUUAUGUCAGUGAAGUGUAAGUUUAACGAUAGUUAUAUUUAAAGGGACACUUCACUUUUUUUGAAAAUUUGCUCAUUUUCCAGCUCCCCUAGAGUUAAAUAUUACAUAUUUAAAGUUUUGGAAUCCAUUCAGCUGACCUCCGGGUCUGGCGGUACCAGUUUUAGCAUAGCUUAGCAUAAUCCAUUAUUCUAAUAAGGCCAUUAGCAUCGCGCUUAAAAAAAUAACCAAAAAGUUUCCAAAAAAUUUUUUUUAUUUAAAACUUGACUCUUCUGUAGUUACAUUGUGUACUAAUACCGACAGAAAAUUAAGUUGCGAUUUUCUAGGCCGAAUAUGGCUGGCAAAUAUACUAUUUCUAUGGCUAGGAAAUACACUCUUGUUCUGGUGUAAUAAUCAAGGACUUUGCUGCUGUAACAUCCCUGCAGGAGGCGCAAUGAUAUUACGCAGUGCCCAAAAAUAGUCCCCUGCUAUUCAAAUUUACCAAGGGGGCUAUUUUCAGGUACUGCCUAAUUUCAUUGCGCCUGCUGCAGCCAUGUUACAGCAGCAAAGUCCUUGAUUAUUACGCCAGAAUGAGAGUAUAGUUCCUUGCCAUAUCGUCCUAGAAAAUCGUAACUUUUAAUUUUCUGUCAGUCUUAGUACAGGAUGUAACUACAGAAGAGUCAAGUUUUAUAUAGGAAAAAAAAUCUAAACUCUUUGGUUAUUUUUUUUGGGCGCAAUGCUAAUGGUCUAAUCAGAUUCAAUGGAUUUUGCUAAGCUAUGCUAAAAGUGGUACAGCCAAACCCGAAGAUCAGCUGAACUGCAUUCCAAAACGGUAAAAAUCUAAAGUUUAACUCUAUGGGAGCUGGAAAAUAAGCAUAUUUUUAAAAUAAGGGGGGGUGCCCCUUUAACACUGAUACAUGUUUUACUGUGAGGUCUGAUUAUGUGAUCACUUUUGACUGAAUGAAUAAAUGUCACAGAUUUGUGAGCCUGUUUAAGUGCUUAAUCUUUUGCCAUAAUGUGACCCCUUAAACUGUAGCACUGGUUUCUUUUCUUACCUUUAACAUUUUAAAUUGCUGAUAUAUACCACUCCACUGACAAUGUCUGUUUGCUUUUUUGUUAAUCAUAUAUUCAUCAAUAGUUUAUCUUUAAGUUGAUAACAGUUUGUGCUUAAAGACCAACUUUUAUUUACAUUAUGCUUUCAGGAGAAUGUUUGUGUUUUUUUCAUUUUAAAAUAAUAAAACUGCUUUUAUUA